CCAAGGUAUAUAAUUGCUGCCUAAGUUAAGUUGUUUGUCGCUUGCGCAGACAUUGUUUUGAGGCUUUCUCGAUUUGUAGGGUUUGAACAAUCUUAAGAAUGGCGGAUGCAGUUCCUGCGGCUGGGAUCGUGAAAAAGAGAACGUUCAAGAAGUUCUCCUACAAAGGAGUCGAUCUCGAUGCUCUUCUCGACAUGUCUACCGAUGAUCUUGUCAAGCUCUUCAGUUCCCGUAUUCGCAGAAGGUUCUCUAGAGGGUUGACGAGGAAGCCUAUGGCUUUGAUCAAAAAAUUGCGCAAAGCGAAAAGGGAUGCACCAGCUGGUGAGAAGCCAGAAGCAGUGAGAACCCACCUAAGGAACAUGAUCAUCGUGCCGGAAAUGAUUGGAAGUGUCAUUGGUGUAUACAAUGGGAAGACAUUUAACCAAGUCGAGAUCAAACCUGAGAUGAUUGGUCAUUACUUGGCUGAGUUUUCAAUCUCGUAUAAGCCUGUUAAGCACGGUAGGCCUGGUGUUGGUGCCACUAACUCCUCCAGGUUUAUCCCUCUCAAGUGAUGAAUCUACUCUAGUCUGUGUUAUUCUCUAAAAUAAGAACUUUCUUUGGUUUUAUUUCUUUACUAUGUUAUGUCUUUUGUUUCUUUGCUCUACUUUAGAUUUGGUCUAAAAACAUCUUCAUCCGUUUAAAUAAUAGAGAGCAUUUUUCUAAAUAUCUA